AGAAGGGGCGGAGGCGCCUCUUAGGCGGGCGCUUGGGCGGAGAGCCUCCCUCCAGCCUCGCCGGCCAAGCCGCUGCUCCAGCUGCAGCUCCGCCUCGCCAGGGCUGCCUGACCUCUCUUUCUUCUCUCUCUCUCGGCCGGGUUCCUGUCCCCCUCCCUCCCUCCCCGCCAGCCCCUUUCUCUCCUCGGAGCCCUCGGCGUGCGCGCCCGGCUGCGCUGCCGGCCACCAAGCCGGGGAAGCGGCUGCUCGGAGCUCGCGCGCGCGUCCCCGCGCCAUUUCGGAGGAGCGCAGCAUCUCGUGUCCUUGGGAGAAGAGCGGAGGAGGAGGAGGAGGAGGAAUCUGGGAAGCCGGUCCUCCUGCACCGGAGCUCAAGUCCCCAGAAGUCUGCGUUGGACUGGAUCUGCGCCCGCGCCUUUCCAUGGUCAGGUCUAUGGGGAGCACAGAACUGGCGCCAGAGAGGUCCACUCACAGAUGCAGACUCUUUAUUUGGAUGUAAGCCCCGCUGUCCCCGAUGAAAUUAACUUCCAGGUGAGCAUGUUUAUUUACAUAACUUCUUACAUAAGAUACCUGGUUUUUUGCCUCUUCAAGAUAAUUUGUCAACAAGGAUGGACUUUGGCAAAGUCGAACAUUUGGCAACCCCCCCCCCCCCCGCUUAAAUAUUUCUUCUUUUCAGGAUCUUUCCUUUUGGUACAGUUGAUUUUUCUUUAUUUUGUACCCCCUCAGCUCGGCACCUUGGGAGGGGGGAGGAAUUGUCUGCACUGCCCUAGAUCUGAUGCAGUGCACGCAUUGUUGGGAUACUGCCAGGGAGACAAAGUCCAUCAUGGCCCCAAGCCGUCUGCCGGACGAUCCAUCGAUCUCCCGUAGGCACGCAGUAUCAUCAAUUAGUGAAAUGAGUUUCUAGAAAAUAUCUUGUCACAUUCCAGAGCUCAUGCACACUCUAUCAGCAGAUAAUGCACAGCCAAAAGUUGCACUCAGGAGAGCAUUAUUUACAAGUUUAUUCAGUGUUGAUCAGAACAUGUUUUUGACUGCCUGCUUUAGUGUCUACGACACAGAGAGAGAAACGAAAGCAACAGAAAACAUAAACAUCCUGUGAACAGGAAAUACGCAGACUCUGUGACUCACAGCCUGCUCCCUUUUAAGGUGGAACGGAAAUAUCCUAACAUCCUCCCCCUUUCCAUGUAACCUGUAGUACCUGUGGUUCAACCCAACUGCAACCUUUGUACGUAAACCUUAAGUUGUUCUCUGUUAACAACCUUAGACAACAGAUCAGCAGGAAUUUCAUUUCCUGGCAUGUAGGACACCUGAAUGAGCCCUUUCUGAAUACACUCCCUUGCACGAUGUAGCUUAAUCUGCAAGUACUUGGUCCUUUGCUUGCAACUCUCCGAGUUCAGCAAAGCCAAACACGAUCUAUUGUCUUGAUACACUUGUAUAGGACAUUUCACAGAAAUUCUGAUGUCCCUAAACAGUUGCAUCAACCAUUCACAAUCCAUGAGUGAAAAUGACAGAGCAUUGAGUUCUGCUUCACAGGAACUUAGGCUCACUGUCGUCUGCUUCUUGCACAGCCAGUCAAACAGACAGUGGUUGUACAUGUAGCAUACUCCAGAAGUGCUUGUACCAUCCGUGGUGUCACUUCCAAAACUUGCAUCUGCAAAGAUUUCAAGACCUCCAGUCUUCUGACUGGUGAACCUCAGCCUGUAGUGCAUAGUCCCUUUCAAAUAGUGGGCUAGGCGCGUCAGAGCUUUCCAAUCCUGAACGGUAGGAUUGUUAGCAUGUCUGCUAAGCAGGUUAGUGCUUACAGCAAUGUCAGGUCUUGAGCAUCUAGCAAUGAAAUUCAACUUGCCUAGAAUGCAUCUGUACAGCGUUGUGUCAGAAGACGCUUCAGCAGUACUGUCUACCAGGUAACCUGUCACCAUCGGUGUGUCUGCUGGGUUUGCAUCAACCAAAUUCAACCUGGUUAAUACAUCAGCAAUUUUCUGUGUUUGGUGUACCAGAAAAUUACCUGUUUGUUUUUUGUUUUUGUUUUUUUAAUAAUUUUUAUUUAAGUUUUGAACAACAAAGAAAGAAAAGAAAAACAUACACAGUACAUAUCUCAAAAAAAGAAGAAAAGAUAACAAAAACACACAAAAAAGAACACAAUUCAACAAUAAAAAGCAAAAAAAACCAUAACAAUUAAUAACAAUAUCUCUUUUCCAUUUCCGUUUUUUUAGUUUACUUAUUUUCUGGACUUCCUCAUACCUCCCUCUUUUGUAUUCCAAUCCAAAUUGUUUGUCCAGCAAUUUCUUUUCAACUUCCCCCCCCCCAAUCUUUAACUUUAAUAUAAUAUUGUAAUAUAUAUCUUCAAUUUCUUUAAACCUGAUCUUUAAUCUUAGUAUAAUAUAACGUUAAAAUUUUCCCUCUUAAUUGUCAGAUUUCCAUUUCUUUAAACAUCUUUAAUCCUAAUCUUAAUCUUAGUCUAUCAUUAACUUUAACCUGUACAGCUGGAAACCGCUUAUUUUCAGUCCAACAUCACUCUAACAUUCUUUAAUUUUACAAUGUUUCUGAAGAUAGUCUUUGAAUUUCUUCCAAUCUUCCUCCACCGACUCUUCUCCCUGGUCACGGAUUCUGCCAGUCAUUUCCGCCAGUUCCAUAUAGUCCAUAAGUUUCAUCUGCCAUUCCUCCAGCGUGGGAAGUUCUUGUGUCUUCCAAUAUUUUGCGAUGAGUAUUCUUGCUGCUGUUGUUGCAUACAUAAAGAAAGUUCUAUCCUUUUUAACACCAUUUGGCCGACUAUGCCCAGGAGAAAGGCCUCUGGUUUCUUAGGGAAGGUAUACUUAAAUACCUUUUUUAAUUCAUUAUAUAUCAUUUCCCAGAAAACCUUAAUCUUUGGGCACGUCCACCAAAGGUGAAAAAAUGUACCUUCAGUUUCUUUACAUUUCCAACAUUUGUUAUCGGGCAAGUGAUAAAUUUUUGCAAGCUUGACUGGGGUUAUGUACCACCUGUAUAUCAUUUUCAUAAUAUUCUCUCUUAAGGCAUUACAUGCCGUAAAUUUCAUACCUGUGGUCCACAACUGUUCCCAGUCAGCAAACAUAAUGUUAUGUCCAAUGUCCUGUGCCCAUUUAAUCAUAGCCGAUUUUACCGUUUCAUCCUGAGUAUUCCAUUUCAGCAGCAAGUUAUACAUUCUUGACAAAUUCUUAGUUUUGGGUUCUAACAGUUCUGUUUCUAAUUUUGAUCUUUCCACCUGGAAGCCAAUUUUCCUGUCCAAUUUAAAUGCCUCCAUUAUCUGAUAAUAAUGAAGCCAGUCUCGCACUUUGUUUUUAGUUUUUCAAAACUCUGCAGUUUCAGUCUAUCUCCGUCUUGUUCCAAAAUUUCCCAAUAUUUCGGCUAUUUGACCUCCAUAUUGACCUUUUUCAAGGCUUUCGCUUCCAUUGGUGACAGCCACCUUGGGGUUUUGUUUUCUAGCAAAUCCUUAUAUCUUGACCAAACAUUAAAUAGCGCUUUCCUGACAAUGUGGUUUCUAAAUGCUUUAUGUGCUUUGACCUUAUCAUACCAUAAAUAUGCAUGCCAUCCAAAUACAUUGUUAAAACCUUCCAAAUCCAAAAUGUCAGUGUUUUCAAGAAGUAGCCAUUCUUUCAACCAGCAAAAAGCUGCUGAUUCAUAGUAAAGUUUAAGGUCUGGCAGGGCAAAUCCGCCUCUUUCCUUUGCAUCCGUUAAAAUUUUAAAUUUUAUUCUAGGCUUCUUGCCCUGCCAGACAAAUUUAGAAAUAUCUUUCUGCCACCUCUUGAAACAAUCCAUUUUGUCAACUAUCUGCAAAGUUUGAAACAAAAACAACAUUCUAGGCAAUACAUUCAUUUUUAUCGCAGCAAUACGGCCUAGCAGUGAAAGCUUCAAAUUUGACCAAAUUUCUAAAUCUUUUUUCACUUCAGACCAACAUUUUUCAUAGUUAUCUUUAAAUAAGUUCCCAUUUUGUGCUGUCAUGUUAAUCCCCAGGUAUUUAACUUUCUUAACCACUGUUAAACCUGUCUCAUUCUGAAACCUCUCUCUUUCAAACGGUGUUAAAUUUUUCUCUAAAACCUUGGUUUUUGACUUGUUCAAUUUAAAUCCUGCCACUUGACCAAAUUCCUGGAUCAGUUCUAAAACUCUUUUAGUACUAGAUUCUGGCUCCUGUAACGUCAAUACUAAGUCAUCUGCAAACGCUCUCAAUUUGUACUGUUUAGUUCUGACCUGUAUACCUUUAACCGACUGGUCCCUUCUAAUCAUAUUCAGCAAAACCUCCAGGACCGAAAUAAAAAGAAGUGGGGAAAUAGGGCAACCUUGUCGUGUCCCUUUUUCAAUUUUUAGUUCUUCCGUCACAACAUUAUUUACAAUUAAUUUAGCUUUUUGUUCUGAAUAAAUUGCACCUAUACCAUUCUCAAAACCUUGGCCUACCCCCAUACCCUGGAGAUUCUUCUUCAUAAAAUUCCAAGAAAUAUUGUCAAAGGCUUUCUCCGCAUCUACAAAUAUCAAAACUGCUUUGGUGUUUAUAUUCACUUCUAAUUUUUCCAAAAUAUCAAUUAUAUUCCUCAAAUUGUCAGACAAAUGUCUUCCUGGGAGAAAGCCCGCUUGGUCUUUAUGGAUCUCUUCCAUCAGCACUUUCUUAAAUCUCUUAGCCAAAAUAUCUGCAAAAAUUUUGUAAUCCACAUUCAAUAACGAUAUAGGGCGGUAGUUCUUAAGCUGUGUCUUUUCAGUCUCUGUCUUUGGUACAAGUGUAAUAUAUGCUUCUUUCCACGACUCUGGUGCUCUUUCCCCCUCCAUUAUUUCAUUGCAGACCUCUUUCAAAGGUUGAAUUAACCAUUCUUUUAAGGAUCUGUAGUAUCUAGAGGUCAAGCCAUCUGGUCCUGGAGAUUUACCCAAUUGCAUGUUUUGAAUGGCACCUUCUAUUUCUUGUUCAGUUAUUCUAUGAUUCAAAAUUAAUUUAUUUUCUUGAGAUAUUUUUUGUAAUCCAUUUGUUUUCAAAAAUUGGUCUAAGUCUGUUUCUUUCAAUGGCCCUUGAGUAUAUAAUCGUUUAAAGUACCUCUGGAAACAACUUCUAAUCUCUGCAGGGUUCUGUAUGUUUCUUCCUUCCACCUCUAAGUUCGUAAUCGUAUUUAAUUUUUGUCUCUUUUUCAUUUGCCAUGCUAACAAUUUACCACAUUUAUUGGCCGACUCAAAAGUCUUUUGUCUCAUUUGUUUAAUUUUCCAUUCUAUUUCCUGAUUCAUCAUUUUCAUAUAUUGUACUUGAUAUAGCUUUAACUCUCGCAGAAUCUCUUGAGAUUUGGGAUUUACUCUCAGUCUUUUUCACAUUCCUUUAUUUUAUCCAUUAUCUUAUCCUUCUUCUCAUUUUGAGUUCUUUUCUUUAUUGCAUUCUGUUGUAUUAAGAACCCUCUCAUAACUGCUUUACUAGCGUCCCAGAUUACUCUUUUCUCCACGUUGGUACUAAGGUUUAUCUCAAAGUAGUCUCUCAAAGUUUUUUGGGCCUUCUUAAGGAAUUCCUCAUCUCUAAAUAAGGUGUCAUUCAUCUUCCAUCUGAAGGAGCCAGUUGGUGUCAGUCUCAUUUCCAUCUUAACAGCAUUAUAGUCGGAGCAAAUUUUCGGGCAGAUUUCCACCUUUCUUGUCUUUGGUGCCAUUCCUCUAGUUAUCCAAAUUUGGUCAAUUCUUGUCCAUGUCAAUUUGGCUUCAGAAAAGAAAGUUCCCUCUUUAGCCAUGGGAUUUCUUAUUCUCCAAAUGUCCACUAAAUCCAAGUUGUCUGUCAUGUCAAAAAAAGUUUUCGGUAGUCUACCAUCCUUGGUGACUACCUGUCUUUGUGCCUUGUCCAUAUAUGUAGAUACCACUCCAUUCAUAUCUCCCAUCAAAAUCAUGUUAUAAUCCAUAUGGUCCAUCAGGGUCUCGUGCAACUUCUUAAAAAUUCAGAUUUCCCAUCAUUUGGUGCAUAAAUUCCUACAAUCAGAAAUUUUUCUCCUUGUGUUUGAAUUUCAAUUGCCACAAAUCUUCCUUGGUCAUCUUUAAAAACAAAUUUCGGUGAUAAAUUGUCUUUUGCAUAAAUCACAACCCCUCUUUUUUUUACUUUGUCCGACGAAAUAAACUCCUGACCAAGUCUUUUAUUUAUCAAUAAUUUCCUGUGUAAUCUUGUUAUAUGUGUUUCUUGUAAACAAAUUAGGUCCAGUUGUUCCUUUUUUAAUAUAUGAAAUACUGACUUCCUUUUCUGAGGGGAAUUCAAACCCCGACAGUUCCAUGUUAAAAGUUGCAGGGCCAUGAUAUUAUUAUUUUAACUCUCCUCCUACUGCACCUAGUGCCUGUUCCUCGUCCGUUGGUGGUAUCACUGUUUUCGAGCGGUCUUUUGGUUCCGGAGAUAGUUCUUUUUGUAGGUCUUCUCCGCAGAAAAUUACCUGUUUGGUCCCUCUCCACCUGCAGAGAAAGAUAGUUGGAUACCUCACCAAGAUCCUUCAUGUCAAAGUGCUCCUUCAGCUGAGCUAGGGUGCUUUGGUACAAAGCCUGAUUCUUCCAAAACAUCAGAAGAUCAUCAACAAAACAUAAACAAUACAGUUUGUUUUGCCCCUCCUCCUUGACAAACACACAUGGAUCAGCUUUGCCCUGGUGAAAACCUAGAGUAAGCAAUGUCUCAGUGAGUUUCAUGUUCCAACACCUGGCACUCUGCUUGAGACCAUAUAAGGAUUUCCGCAGUUUACAGACCAUUCCCUUCUGUAUCUGCAUUCCAUCAGGUGGAAGCAUAAACAGCUCCUCCCCCAAAAUCCCGUACAAAAAAGCUGUAUUAAUGUCAUGAUGGGAAACAUGCCGUUUCUCCUCCGCAGCGAUCUUGAGCAUCAGCCGAAUGCUCUCAUAUUUGACUGUGGGUGAGUAGGUCUCGUGGUAAUCCUGUCCUGGUACCUGUGAAAAACCUCUGGCAACCAAUUUGGCUUUGUCUCUGACAACCUUGCCAUUCUGGUCUGUCUUGGCCUUGAAGACCGAUUUGCUGCCAACCAGUCUCAUUCCUGGGACUACCGGUACCAGUUUGUCGGAGCCAGCCGUUACAAAUGGUGCAGUUUAGCAUAAAAUAAAGACACAGAGAGCCAGCAAUAUUUUCAGGAUGGUAUGAGCUGCUCCUUUCGAACUUCCCUCUCCUCCUGUAGCUUCUUUAUUAUCCUUUGUCUCUCUCCAGCCGCAUGGCCGUUUGCCAAUGUCUCACGUUACCUCAUCCGGUCAAGGCUUUUAUUGCCCCCAUCACCAUAUAGGGUCAUCACUGCCCAGAGGAAACACAACUCCAAUACAUUCCAAUACAUUGUAAAGCUCAGAGUGCUGGUCAGCCGAGGUCAGGGGGCACCCUGCAAUAUUACAAGCCUUUGCCGUGGCUUUAUGACUCCCACACCAGUUCCCAAGUUUGGUUCCUAUUCAAGGAAUCAACUUCAGCCAUCAUGGCAUUAAGCCAAGGCUCAGCAUCUUUAGAGGUUAACUCCUGAACCUCUUUGAAGCUUGAAGGUUCCCAUACCUUCUCUGAGCUUCUAAGAACAGCAGUUGCUGUCUUAGCAAACUCAUCAGCAAAUCUCUUUGGAGGUCUGCCCUUGGUCGCUCUUUCAGAUCUGCGUACUAGACGCAAGUCUUCUGGACUCAUCUCCUCCUUCUUAGGAGAAAAAUGACCAAUGGUGAACAGUGGUUCUUCCAGAUCAUUGUCAGACGCAUCAGAUGGUCUGACUGAGGCCUUUGCGCUCUUGUAGUCUGCUGUGUCAUCACUGUCACUGACACCAGCAGCAGCGCCGCCCACUGAACUGGAAUCCGAACUCUGAUCAUCAUCAUCAUCAUCAUCCUCAGCUUCCUCAGCUUCCUCAACAUUAUCUGCUUUCUUCACAUCACCUUCAUCCUCCUCUGGGUAACUCUGGAAAAUUCCCACAUUUCCCCCCCACUUAGGAUUGUACUCAACACUCUUUGUGAACUUAAUGGACUUAGAGUCAGUCAUCCACACCCUGUAUGCACCUUUUUCGUACCCCGUGAACAAACCAUGUGCCCCACGCUUCCCUAGCUUGUUGCUUUGUGGGGUGUGUACCCACAUGUCAGAACCAAAGAUUCUCAUGUGCUUGAUGUUGGGUUUCUUACCAAACAUCUUCUCAUAGGGAGUACAACCAAUAGGUGAUGACAAUCUGCGAUUAAAAGUGUAAACAAAAUUUGACAGAGCCUCCCCCCAAUACUUAUCAGGGAGAUUGGCAUCAUGCAACAAUGUUUUCAUUCCUUGCAGCAACGUUUGAUUUGCUCGCUCCGCAAGCCCAUUCAUCCAUGGCGAUCUAGGCGUUGACAAGUCAUGCUGGAUUCCCUUCUCAGUCAGGAAAGUUUCAAACUGCUGAGAAGUGAACUCCCCGCCUCGAUCAGUAAACAGACAGCCAAUACGUUUACCGUGAACAUUCUCCAACCAAGCACAGAAUGCCUUGAACUCGGAAACGCUUGCGAUUUCUGCUCGAGCAUAAACACAUGAAUGUACCUGGAAAAAGAGUCAAUUAGAACCAUGAAGUACCUUGCUCCACCCAAAGAGGGCGCAAGUGGACCAACCAGGUCUGCGUGCACUAGCUGGUAGGGUUUGGAAGCCUGCCUGCUAGACUCCUUGCCUUUUGGAGCAACCUUCACCUUGUUCUCUGCACAAGAUACACAUUUCAUGUGAAACUUACAGGCUUCGAUGUUCAAACCCUCAACCAUCUCUGGCAUCUUGGCCAGUGCCUUCCAAGAGAGGUGACAAAACCUUCGAUGUGCAUCGUGAAUGCAUCCUGCAUGAAGAACUUUGUUAGUUUGUGCAACACAACAAGAAUCAACAUUAGACACAACAGCACCAUUGUCAUCAUAAGUUAUACAGAACAAGCCAUCCAUAAACUUUGCAUGCAAAAUGUCCUCUUUGCCUUUUCUGAUGACACAGACGCUCCUCUUGAAGGAAAUCUCAAAACCACGCCCAGUAAGCUGUGGGACACUGAGCAAAUUGUCUGCAGCACCUGGAACAUAUAGUACAUCUUUGAUGGUAGUGUGCAGACUUGCCAGUCUCACAGUCCCUUCUCCUGCGAUCCGCAAUGUCUUUCCGUCAGCCAGGUGGAUCUCACCUUCUUGAGGUUUGAAGGAGAUAAAGAGAUGGCGGUCUUUUGAGACAUGGCGGGUACUCCCUGAAUCAACAAUAAACCUGGCUUUAGGUUUAUCAACAAUAAACCUGAAGCUGUGCCAGCAAACAAAGCCUUGUUUUCCACUGGCGUGGGCUCUUCACCCUCCCUCUGCUUCUGGCCAUCUGCAGGCGUCUGCCUCUGUUUACCUUUGCCCUUCCGGCCUCUGCAAAGGCGAUGACCUUGGCUCCCAUGAGAAACAGAGCUCUCAGCUGCCGACUCCUUGGCUCCCCUGGAGGCUGGAAUGCUGCCUGGGAUGACGUGACAGUCAGCUCCCCCUGCAGCUUGCAACCGGUGCCCUCGGCAUCCCUGCAUUCACUCGCAUUCUGGGAAACAGCCAGGACCUCCGAUGCAGUCAAAGUCUGGGCUGGGAUGACUGGCAGAUGGGCUACUUUCAAAGCAUUCCACAUCUUACGUGCAGUGGUGUUGCCAACAAGCGUUUUAAUUUCCUCCAGAGAGACGGACAAGACUAUUAUGUCUAUCGCCCUUAAAUCUUGGGCCUUCCAUCUAUCUGUCAGAGGAACUGGAGGGGCCUCACACACAGUAUGCCACACUCCAAACUGACGCAGCAAACUCUCACACCACACAGCCCAGGUUUUAUAAUUGUGCCGAUUUAACUUUGGGCACUCAGCAGCCUCAGAAGCUUGGAAAAACUCCAUUCCAGCUUUUUACUUGAGCCUUGAGCCCUAUUUCACUUCAGAGACUCCUUAUCUUGGCUCCCAUUAAUCACGAAGUCUGCUUGGCUCGGCUCCCAGACCAAUUAGGCCAGCCAGACAUCUGAAGCCCUUGCCGCGGCAAACAGAAAAGCCUCACUUUCGCUUUUCCCACAUACCUCAACGCAGUCUGUCACAGUCUUACUCUCCUGUAAGUGCCGUGAAUCUGGGCCCGAAACCUGUUGUUGGGAUACUGCCAGGGAGACAAAGUCCAUCAUGGCCCCAAGCCGUCUGCCGGACGAUCCAUCGAUCUCCCGUAGGCACGCAGUAUCAUCAAUUAGUGACAUGAGUUUCUAGAAAAUAUCUUGUCACAUUCCAGAGCUCAUGCACACUCUAUCAGCAGAUAAUGCACAGCCAAAAGUUGCACUCAGGAGAGCAUUAUUUACAAGUUUAUUCAGCGUUGAUCAGAACACAGAAAAACAUGACUGCCUGCUUUAGUGUCUACGACACAGAGAGAGAAACGAAAGCAACAGAAAACAUAAACAUCCUGUGAACAGGAAAUACGCAGACUCUGUGACUCACAGCCUGCUCCCUUUUAAGGUGGAACGGAAAUAUCCUAACACGCAUCACAUCCAGGGCAAAUGAUUAUUUCAUAUCUUUGGAAUGGGGGGGGGGUGUUUACACCUAUUAUUUUCUUGGUGGCUUCAUGGAGAUGUAUCUAAUUUGGCUUUAUAUUCAAAAUACUUCAUUCUUUGGCUUCAGUAUUGUGCUUCAAUAAUAUGACAAAACUUUAUUUUCUGUCACUAUGACCAGAUACAAUUAUCAUUUGGUCCUUUCCUCAACUUUUGAAGCUGCAGUCUUACACACGUAAGACCAAAUGAACUUGGAAGGAUCUGUGUAAACAUGCAUAGGAUGGGCUUCAAGAAUACACUGGCAGACUUGCACAAGUUUAUUUAAUGUUCCUAAUUUGAAUAUGUUACUGCUGAGUGUCAGUUCCCUUUCUGCACAGCACAUUCACAGUAAUACUAAAGCAGAAUUUCAGCAGAAAUUUUGCAGACCUUUGAAUUAGCUGAAUUUGAAGACCUUGCCAUGUUAACAAAAGACACUUCUGCUUGUGGGGUGGGUGUGUAUCAAAGACCUCCCCAUCCCAGUCUACACCCUCCUCCAUUUCACCUGCAAACUUGCUUCAGUGAGUUAGGGUGCCUUCCAGAAUGCUUUUAGGGGAAAACAGGGCUGCCCAUAGGGGGGAAAUGGGCAACAACCCAUCCAUAGUUUGCUUGGCAGGACCUCUGGAUCCAAGCCACAGUCCCACCCCCGAUUUGUAUCUUAAACCAUGCCAAAGACUUGGAGAAGACUGCAGAAGAUAUAUAUGGGCAUGCUCAUGUAUUAAGUGGAGAUUCUUAUUUCUGCCUGCAUCUGUAUACAAUUUGAAAUGGUGCUUAUAUAUUUAUUUAUUAUUAAUUGCUUCAGGAUGCUUCAUGGGAAGCAAUUCAUUAAAAAAAAAAAUCCAAACAGGGUUCCCAAUCAUAAGGAAGAGCCCUAUGUUCAUACAACAGUUUUUAAAGACUGAUCCAAGCACGCUUACUUGGAAGGAUUUUCCAUUGAAAUCCAUGGGACUUAUUUCCAUGCAAAGUGCUUGCGAGUGAGUAUUGUUGUUGAAUUAAAAUGUGAGGAGUUGUAUAUACUUACUUAGAAACGCUUCUUCAUAUGCUUCCUUUGCAGCAGCUUUGGGACGAACGUCACAUGUGAGCGGCUAUGACAUCUGAAGCAGGUGAAUCGGUGCAAGAUCGGCUUUUGAAAUGCAGCUGAAGAAAACAAGAAAAGUCUUACCAAUAUUAACUGCCAGCCAAGGGAACAAAGGGCCUCGGUCAUUGACUACAUUGCCAAAGCAAACAAAAGUUGAUAAAGCAAAUACAAUAAAGGCAAAUGAUGAAAACUGCAAAUUUGCAUAUAAAGAAGCUGAGGGAAGUGAAUUGUAUCCAAUAAGUUGUAUUAAGUGUAGAUGUGUGCAAGACAUUUUGGCACUACAGUUGCAUCAGCAGAAAUGCCAAGAUAUUGAAGAUGACUACCAUGUCUGUAGCAAGUGCCCGUUGAGUGUGCUGUCCACUCUCAAUUUUCAGAUUGUGCCUGCAGUUGCACUGCAGGACACUGAAGCCCAAGAGAAAAUGUCCCCCAGUAAGUCUCAAAGAGCCUUCAAAGUAAAAAACUUUCAGCCAGACAAAUAUUAUUGUGACAAAUGCCGAUUUUCCACAAAGGAUCUCUUACAACAUAAGAAACAUGUAGCUCAACAUGAAAAGAUCAAAUUUAUUUGUUCCCAGUGCGAUUGGGUGUCUUACACCAAAGGGGAAUUCCAAAGGCAUUUAGUGAAACAUACUGGGAGAUUUCCAUACCAGUGCAAAUACUGUGACUAUGGUGCAGUUAGGCAUGAUUAUAUUGUCAAACACACAAAAAGAUUACACGCAACUGAGAAGCAAGAAAUGAUUUCAGUUGCAAAAGUUGAUCAAAAACGAAAUUGUUCACCAGAGCAUAAUUUGGAGUGGAAGAAACAUGUCCUGGAAGCUUCUCUGAAGGUCACACCUUCACGUUUAUCUCAGAUUUGUGGGAUUAAAGAUGAAAUACCUGAAAUUGAUUCACCAUCAGUUUAUGAUGAAUGUAGUCAAAGUACAGCCUUCAUACAAGAUAAAAAUGUAAAUAAACUAUCUGAUGUCAGAAUCCAUAAAAAUGAAGAUAUAUUGAUGGAAGUUGAAGUUUAUUCUCCAAAAAAAGGGCCUAUAACACCUGGAAUGCCAUUAACAGUGGUUGCACCUGCCAAAUUUUGUGUUCCACAUAAUUGUUUGGCACAAAUAGUAGAAAUUAAAAGAAAUAAUGGUACACAGCAGUUGAUUCUUAAACUCAUUCCUCCGAAAGGAACUACCUCUGAAGCUAUGAAAUAUAAAAAAGUAGAAUCUGGAAACCAGUGUGCAGAACAAGAAGAAAAAACAGUAAAUAACUGUGUGCCCCCAACGCUUGAAUCCUGUGCUUUAGAUAACGAGAAUGACAAGAACUGUCUGCAUUCUGCCAGUUCUACUACUUUGAACUGCAGCUUGAUAAAUACCCCGGAGGAAAAUGCUAUUUGCAAAGAAAACACACAGAGAGAAUAUGAUCUUAUACAACCUUUAGCAGAGUUUUCUUCUGAAAAAACAAAUUGCCCAGAACUCUUUCAAAAGAGAAAAUGUUCAGAAAAUAAACAUAUAACUUCCAGUUCAGAUCCAGCCAUAUGCCUAGUGGCUCCCUCUUCCGAAGAUAAGAACAAGUCCCAAAAUGAUUUGUUAGCUACUGUCCAGAAAAACAAUAGUUUACCGCCUUCCUCAGUAUUCGGUAACAUGCGCUUCACUUUAACCAAUGCCAAAGAAGAACAGUGGAAUGAGCUUAGAGUAGCUGCAAAAACACAUUUGUUUGAUUCCCAUUUGUUUCACCCUUUUGAAAGAGCUGCAGUGUCACAGCAGAAUAAACCUCUAGCUUCAGAGGAGUCUGAGAACGUCUUAGGUGUAAUAAAUGGAAUUAAUGUGAAAAGAAAGAAAGAUAAUAUGGAAGUGGAAGCACACAGUAUAAAAUAUGAAGGUGAUUCAGUAGAUGGUCCGGUGAUCUCAUCUGUGUUUUCCCUCAGCUCUGGCGCUGUAAAUAUCCCGGAAGGAAUUAAGUGGGAUGAUACAUUACAGAAGAAAAGGUCCACAUCGUUGUUGCGCAGAAAGAUUGCUCAGCUGAUGUCUGCUGUUGAAUCGAAUGUGAAAUCUCAAUUAGCUGCUUCAUUAAGACACAGUAACAGCCAAGCCUCUAAGGAGAAAGUGUUAUUGCCAGAAAAAAAGAGUGAAAAAACUAGCUCAAAUAUGAUAUCUGAACAAGAGCUUGUGCCUUCUCCUUGGAGACCAAAGGGCACCACUUUUUCUAAUGAGUGUUCUAAUAAGCAAGAACAACCAUUGGAAACACUUAAAGAGGCUAAAACCAAAACCAGGGUGAUUACAAAAACAAACACUGUUUCUCCGGCUUUCAUUCCUCAAGGAACUGUACUGAGAGUGCUAAACUGCAGUAGUUCUGAGGCCCCAACUGAAAAACAAAAUGGUGAUGAAAUGUCACCUUCCCCUUCUCGAUAUUGCAACAAAAUGUUUAUGCCAAGGCCAGUUCCUUGCUGUGUUUCUGCCAUACUUGACAAAGGUCCAACUUUGCCAGCUGAGAAUGAAGUUAAUGAGGUUUCUAGAAAUCUCUGUGUGUCACAUAGUCACACUUGCCACUCUUUUAGUUCUGUGCCAAGUAUCAGCCAACAAAAUGGUAUGUUGUCAUGUCAAAAAGGCAGCAGCCCAAGUGGGCUAAGCAAAAGGGCCAUGAAAGGUGAAGAGCCCCAGAACAAAGCUAAGCGAGCACAUCCUGCAAACACUUUGCCCCAGAAGAGACUCACAGCUCAAGAGGAACGCUUCCUUAAAGUGGUGCCCACUCUCAUGAGAUGCCUUAGGCUUGUAGCAUUCAAAAGUGAUCAACUAAUAAAAUGCCCUCAUCGUAACCAGCCAGUAGUUGUCUUAAACCACCCUGAUGUUGAUUCACCAGAAAUAAUUAGUAUCAUGAAGGUUAUCAAUAAGUACAAAGGCAAUGUCCUGAAAGCAGUUUUAUCAGAAAGAACUAUUAGUUGUCUCAGUGUGAAACGACAUUAUAAAAGACUGACUUUUCAGACUUUUGAUAGAUCAUCUCAAGUGAAACAACAGAAUGACACAAAAGAAGGUGCACAAAAAUAACUGCAAGGAGGUGGAUUCGUCAAUAGUGGAAGCAUCAAAACAAAUGUUUAAAUGCUGGUUUUGUAGUAGGGUGUAUGCUGAGCAAGAAGAAUGGAUAAAUCAUGGGCAGAAACAUUUUCUGGAAACCACAAAAGGGUGGGACAAUUAGAAAUUGAGCUACACUCAAUAAGCGUGAGCCAGGGAGGGAGGGCAGGAAAAUGUUGGAGCAAAGAGAAUGUUGACUACAUGCGGUACCAUAAGGAAACUGAUCUAGUAGAAAAGAACUGAAAACAAAUACUUCUAGUAAAAUGUUGUAGUAUUUCACCUCAGGUUUUGGAUGCUGAAAGUUUUUCAGUGUGCAUUUAGUGCAGGGUCAACCUUUUCAGAAUCGAGGGCCAUUCAUUCGCAUGCACACAGUCUUCCCCAUUCAUUCAUUCUGGCCAGUCACUGUGAAAACAACGCUGGACUAGAUGGGGCUUUGGUCUGCUCCAACAGAGCUCUUCUUUAUAAUUUUCUCACCCCUUUGGCAUGCCAGGUGAAAUUUAAAGGGACUGUUUUUCUGUGCCAUUCCCUCCUGUCGUCAUUUUUCUUUGUCCCAAUUUUAUCUUGACAUGCAGAUCUUCAAGUCCCUUUGAGCAUCAGAUUUGAUGCUUGGCCAAUGUGGAAUGUGUGGCAUGCUCUGUGGUUAGUUGCCAUGAAGCAGGAAACUGAGAGAAUACCGUAUUUUUUGCUCUAUAAGACUCGCUUUUUCCCUCCUAAAAAGUAAGGGGAAAUGUGUGUGCGUCUUAUGGAGCGAAUGCAGGCUGCACAGCUAUCCCAGAAGCCAGAACAGCAAGCGGGAUUGCUGCUUUCACUGCGCAGCGAUCCCUCUUGCUGUUCUGGCUUCUGAGAUUCAGAAUAUUUUUUUUCUUGUUUUCCUCCUCCAAAAACUAGGUGCGUCUUGUGGUCUGGUGCGUCUUAUAGAGCGAAAAAUACGGUAGGUUUUCAGGAAUGGCUGGAUCAGGUCCGAGGGCAGCUCUCUGUUGCUUUUGUUAAGUCUACAAUUCUGUUACAGUGGUUCUGUACCUUGAUUCUCGAACUUAAUCUGUCCCGGAAGUCUGUUCCAAAACCAAAACAUUCCAAAACCAAGGCAUUCUUUACCAUAGAAAGUAAUGCAAAAUGGAUUAAUCCGUUCCAGGUUGUUGAAAAACUAUCCCUAAAAUGCUUUUCCCUACUGCCCCAAUCAGUGCAAUAUUUUGAUCUCUCUCCCUCUCUCAUGGCUGGGCUUCAGAGCGCUGCCAGGAUGCUUUUCCUCGCUGGCCCAAGCAGCAUGAUUUCUCAAAAAAUGGAAAUGCAACACUAAAAACGGAAGCUCAGGAUACGUUAAACUUC